AUGUCUUCCGCUAGCGACUCCCCAUUUACCACUCCCAACUACGAUUCAAACAUAUUCACCAUCCCCGAUACAACAUCAGAAGAGAGGACAGACGGACGAACAGGAUCCCUUGAGGUAGUGCCAAAAGUGGAAGAGACGGAACUGCAACUGGCCGAUGUCAAGGAAGAGCCAUCUCCGGAAGACGCACCCAUCUCCCCAACGGAACCAGUCCGGAUAAGACGAGCCCGUGGUCGACCAAGGAUACACCCUCCUCGCUCACCAACGACUCUUGCCAAGCAAGCCAAAGCUCGAUCGAAGACCGGCUGCACGACGUGCAGGAAGCGAAAGAAGAAGUGUGACGAGACCAAGCCGUUCUGCUUGUCAUGUCAAAAGAACAACAUUCAUUGCGAAGGCUACAAGCCUGUCGAGAUUUGGAAGAGCGGAAAGGAGCGCGCCGCAGAAGCCCGGAAGCGAAGUCAAGAUGUCAAGUUCGAGCUGCCGCCUCUGAUGGAGGGCGUUGAGAACGAUCUUGAUCGUGAUCUCCUCCAGCAUUUUGUCAGCAGGGCCAGCGCCGUACUCACCUUACACGGCGACAAGUCGACAAACCCUUUUACCAAGAUCUUGCUGCCCAUGGCCCUCCAGCAUGAAGGCUUGAUGCACUCGGUGUUGUGUCUAUCGGCCUCUCAUAUGUACUCUGUCAAUCCAUUGCAGGAGUACGAAGACAGGCAGGCUUUCCAUCGAGGCAAAGCUCUGCAGCUUCUCAAGCACGAUCUCGAACGGCAAAAGGCCGGCGAAGGCGGGGUCAUGGUCUAUGAAGACUCUAAUGUGGCACAGAUCCUUCUUCACCUUCUGCAUUCAAUAUGCGACGGCAACACAUCGGGCGAAUACCGGAUGCACAUGAUCGCAGCAAAGCAGAUUGCGAUGAACCAGAAGUCCUCGAACCCAGAAUUCCAGACACUCUUCGACGAGUUCUUCUACUACCACUGGAUCGCUAGCCAGAUUACAUCCCUUGACGGCGCUGAGGUACCGAUGAUGGACGACUUCAACCUACCUUUCAAGAUCAGCCCGGAAACGGCGGGGCUCAUCGGCGUAUCGGACGGCCUGUUUGGCUUCAUUUCCAAGAUCAGUAACCUGCGACGGAAGAUUCGUGCCCGUAUCGAUGAAAAGCUUGAGCCCAUCAUGGACUACGAAGCUCUGCUCUCGGCACAUGCUAUCGACACUGGUCUGCGUGGAUGGGUGUGCCCCCAUACACCGGGAUCCCCUCGCUACACAAUCUCCAUGUUGUAUCGCCAAGCGACAUGGGUCUAUCUAUAUCGCACAACCAAAGAUUCAAAGCCUCACCCCUUUAUCAAGAGCGCUGUCGAUGACGGUAUCCGAUACAUUAACGAACUACCUGCAGAAGGUUGGGUCCAAAGCAAUGUUCUCCUGCCCCUCUUUUUGAUUGGGUGUGCAGCGUUUGAGGAAGAGCAGCGUGUCGAGAUCAACCGAGCUUUCGCCGGACUGAUUGCAUGCACCGGGCUAGGCAACAUUGGAUUCGCAAAAGAGGUUGUUGAUCAAGUUUGGGAAUUGAUGAGCUCUGAUGAUCCAGAGGUACAGAAAGAGAGCUGGGACUGGGAGCGUCUGAUCAACGCCCGUGGAUGGGAUUUCCUGGCGACUUGA